GUUCAUAUACUUAAUUGUGCAUGCAUGAAAAUAUCAGGGCCCUCCUUCAUGUUGUAAAUCAAAUCUGCUACAUACAGAAUCAUGAGACAUUUCACACUAAUAGCAGCAUACAUAUUGUACAUGGCACUGGUAUGCAAAGUUAAACAGGGAAAUGAUAAGUCCGUAAAACAAUGUCUGUUGUAAUUAGACAUGGGGACAUAAUAACAUUGAGUGCACAGCUGAACAAAUUCCCUUCAAACAUCACUAUGGUAAUCAACACAAAUGUCAGGAUGACAACUGACACUUCUGCACCAAAAGUUUUCCUACGGGGGAGGAGGGGGUCUUUAAAGCCCACCAAGCUUGGCCCGGAGCGGUGUGUUUGGAGUUUCCUAUUGGCCAGAUGGAGACACGGCCUCGGAGGUGGGCGUGUCCUCGCUUCUCAUUGGCUGAUGACGCUUUCCUUCAGCUCUCCACUUUCUCUGAACACCUCCCCCUCUCUCCGCCAACUGGAUGUCCGUCCCAGCUUGGAUUUUCACGAAAACAUCAGCCGCAGACUGCGUACCAGUGCCAACUGCGAGGCUGGGACGACGAGCGGGAUCCAGAGGAAUGGGUUCAACGGAAUGACAGCCGAGUCCAUGGCGUUUUCGCUCCCGGACAGCGGCGUUUGGCCUCGCGCAGCGGCGUAAACAGCGGAACAACACAAAUAACUGGAAUGAAUGCAGCGAUAUCACUUGUUAGAUAGAAAAGACGACGAGAGGGGACAGAGUGGACUCCCUCCGCCCCAUGGAGGAUGACGGGACCUUUGCAGUAAACUCCAGGCCCGGAAUGUCACCUGGGAAGCGACCACAGCACUUUGGACGACGCAUUUAGGGCAAAAUAACAGCGCGGGACUGGGCGCGUACGACCUGACCUGCACAAGUUAGCAGAAAGUGGAAGCUACGGGACUCGUCCCCUCACACAAGAUGAAUAUUCUCGAUAUAACUUAAGGCGAGGUUCUCCACAGCCUCAGGUGACAGAUAGGACAGGUAACGCGCGCUGUGCAGUUAUGAGCUUCGCUUUUAUCUCCUCUUUUUGAUUUAGUUUUAUUUGGAUUCGAUCCAUUUGGCAAUAGUCUGCCUUUUUAAAUUCUUUUUCACGAGUGACUCAUUUUAAACCAGCCAUGUCUUUGAAGGAAAAUGCUUGUCGGAAAUUUCAAGCAAAUAUUUUUAACAAAAGUAAAUGCCAGAACUGUUUUAAGCCCAGAGAGUCACAUUUGCUCAUCGAUGAAGACCUAAACCAGGCAAAGCCGAUAUACGGAGGAUGGCUGCUGCUAGCACCAGAGGGAACUAACUUUGACAAUCCAUUGCACAGAUCUCGGAAAUGGCAGCGGCGGUUUUUCAUCCUUUAUGAGCACGGUGUACUGCGCUAUGCUUUGGACGAGAUGCCCAGUACUUUGCCCCAAGGCACCAUCAACAUGAACCAGUGCUCAGAUGUCAUCGAUGGAGAGUCCAGAACGGGCCAGAAGAACUCUCUCUGCAUCCUUACACCAGACAAAGAACAUUUUAUUCGGGCUGAGUGCAAAGAAAUUAUAAAUGGGUGGCAGGAAGCUCUGACUGUCUACCCAAGGACCAAUAAGCAAAAUCAGAAGAAAAAGAGAAAAGUUGAUCCUCCAACUCAGCAGGAUGGACUAACGCCAAGCCAGUGUUUUUCCAUUGAAGACAUGAAUGGACAUCCAGAGCCAGGCCCAGCAAAAGUAACAGUGACCAGCAGCAGUGGGGGUAGUGUCCCGUGUGUGCCCAGCAGCAUAGCCUGUGCGGAGCGUGUCCCAACCAGUCGCGCCUCUUUGUGGCAGGAGGAGAGCCGCUGGGGCCGGACCACCAUCCCCUGCAGCCGCAGUGCUUCCUGCAUCAGUCAGCUGAGCCAGAGUCAGCCAGAGCCUAGGACCACCACUCAGGACGAUGCAGGUACAGUCAACACUGGGCGCAAGGUACGAGUGGAGAGCGGCUACUUCUCACUGGAGAAAACCAAAUCUGAGCCCUGUCCUCCGCCUCCUCAGAACCUGCCCCUGUCUUCAUCAGCGUCCUCUUCCUCUUUAGGAGCUAUCAGCCCCAGGUACUACUCUGAGCCAGACCCACUGGCGUCCCCAAACCAACCCUCCCAAGACCCUCUCCCUUCUCCAAGUGCUCUAGUUUCCCCUAGCUACUCGACCAUCAGUUCCUCUCAGAGUUCCCUGGACUCUGAGCCCAGCAGCAGCGCCCCCAUGUGGGAUGGGCGCACUGGUGCGGUUAGCAGUGGGACAGGCAGAGUGGGCAGAGCUGGCAGAGAGUAUGCUGUACUGUCAGACGUGCCCCGGGCGCGGAGGCUCACCUACAGGGAGGCUUUCCGCUCUGACCGAAAGCAGCAGGAGAUCAGGGCGCGCACUCGAAGCCCCGGCAGAGAGGAAGUGGCCCGACUGUUUGGGGAGGAGCGCAGGCGAAUCAUUGAACAUUUUGAAGAAUGUCAACAAGUGGAAUGUAUGGACACCAGCAGCUCCAAUGACCCAUCCACCACCUCCCUAAACCAGAGACAAGGCCGCAGUGAAAGACGCCUUCUAGUCAACAAACAUGAUUUGUCUCUUGAUGCUGGAAAAGAUCGUUCAGGGCCUGAUGUGUCCAACUCAACUUAUGCCAAUUUAAGAAGGGCAAAGUCACUGGAUCGCAGAGUCACUGAGUCAUCUAUGACACCAGAUCUGCUGAACUUCAAAAAAGGGUGGAUGACAAAGCUGUAUGAAGAUGGAGUGUGGAAGAAACACUGGUUUGUUCUCACGGAUCAGAGUUUGAGGUACUACAAGGACUCCAUUGCUGAGGAGGCUUCAGAGAUGGAUGGUGAGAUUGAUCUGUCCACAUGUUAUGAUGUCAAAGAGUUCCCGGUGCAGAGGAAUUACGGUUUCCAAAUCUUGUGUAAAGAGGGAGCAUGCACCCUGUCAGCGAUGACCUCUGGAAUCCGUCGCAACUGGAUUCAGGCCAUCAUGAAGAAUGUGCGACCCACAAUCGCCCCUGACGUCACUCGAUCCCUCCCAGAAGACAAUUUAAAAGUGAUGCUUGAGCCAUGUUCACAAUCAAAUUCUGAACAAAGUCCAAAUUCAGAAACCCCUAAAUCAGACAUUAACAAUCAGAACAGCUCCAACAAUUCCACCACGCCUCCCUCAGAACCACGCAAAAGCCGGGUAAGGGAACGCAGGCGAGAAGGCCGAUCCAAGACGUAUGACUGGACAGAAUUCAAAAUGGAGAAGCCAGAAAAGCCCCCAAAGGAACGUGCCGACACAGUGGACCUCAGCUCGUCUUUUUCUCCCAAUUCCUCCUAUAGUUCUUCUUCCACCCCUUCAUCUAUUGCGUCCUCUCCAGCCUCUACCUCUUCCCAACCACAGUCCACAUCAGAGGACAGAGUUUCUACAAUGCAUUCGUCAACUACCUACACUGUUAGUAUUGCAUCUACAACAAAUUCUAGUCCUCCUGUGCGUGAGAGCCAAGACCAAGGCAAAAUGGAAAUAGAUCAUCCUUCAAAUAAAGACAGAAGGGACAGUAAAACUUCAGGUGUGCAAGAGGAGAUUGAACAGCGAUGGCAUCAAGUAGAGACCACCCCUUUAAGAGAAGAGAAACAAGUGCCCAUCACCACAGCUUUAGCAGUAUCUAGUAACUCAGACCGGUUACCUCCCCAUGAGCUGGCUGAGCUGCUUGACAAAGAGUUGGGACAGAAACAGAAGGAGCUAGACCAACUUCAGAAGCAGAACAGUCUUUUGAAAGAGCAGUUGGAGGAUGCACUGGGACGAGAGCAGAGCGCCAGAGAGGGCUAUGUGUUGCAGAGUGCCACACCCCCUUCCUCAUCACCACAUCGAGUGCCCUGGCAGCGUUUACACAGACUAAACCAAGAUUUACAAGGAGAGCUGGAGACCCAAAAACGCAAACAGGACCUAGCUCAGCAGCAGAUCCGGACAUUAAAGAGAAGUUACACUGAAGCCCAGGAGGCCGUAGACCGCCAUGAGACUGAUAUUCAGGCUUUUCAGGCCAAACUUGCUUCUGCUAUGGCAGAAAUCUUAGCUAGUGAACAAGCUGUGGCCCGAAUGCGCAAUGAGCUCAAACUAGAACAAGAACGCUCCAAGGAACAAGAGGAGGAACACAACCGCAGUGAGGCCACUCUAAGAGCUCAGCUGAAGGACAGUGAAGAUCGUCUGAGACAAGUGGAGGCAACUCUGUUAGAACGCAGCCAGGCUCUCAGGCACUUGGAGCGGCAGCAGGCGCUGCAGAGGGACCACCUGAGAGAGAUUCAAAGACUACAGGAGAGACUACAGGAAGUGACUGCACGACUUAGUGCUACAGAGGAGGGCCAGGCUCUGAAAGAAGAGCGUCUAAAGACAGAGCAGCAAAGCCUUAAAGAGGCUCAUGAGAGAGAGCGGCAGAGUUUAUGUCGACGACUGGCUGAAGCCGAAAGCACACAGAAAGAUUUAGAGGAGAGACUGCUUGAGGCAGAGCAGCAGGUAGAAGCUCUACUGUGUGGAAGACAGAGCUCUGCAGGACAAGAAGAACAAAUACAGAAGCUCAAAGAAGAGCUGAGCCAGAAGAGCAGCAUAGUGGAGUCUCUGAGAGAGAGUGUGCAUCAACUUGAGGAGGAGAAAGGGCAUCUGACAUGUCGGUGCCAAGAGCUCCUCAACCAGAUUGCAGAGGCAGACCGCGAAGUGAACAAGCUCCACGGACGACUGCAGGCAGAGGAGGCAGAGUACAACUCCCUAGAGCAUUCAUAUGAGAGGGCCACGGAGGAGUUUCAGAAAAUGAGCCAGUUCCUCCGUGAGAAGGAGCAAGAGAUCUUCCAGACAAAAGAAAUGUAUGAGCGACUGGUGGAGCGUAAAGAGGAAGACCUAAAGGAGGCCUUUGUCAAAAUGACUGCACUGGGAAAUAGUCUAGAGGAAACGGAGCAGAAGUUACAAGCAAAGGAGGAACUUCUCUGUCAGAUGAGUCAGAGACUCUUGGAGCCCUGCAAUGCUGAAAAAGACCUGCAAGCUCAGCUUGUUAUUGCAGAGGACCGGAUUGCAGAGCUGGAGCAACACCUCCAUGCCCUACAGCUGGGCUACGCUGGUCUUCACUCUGAGAGACAGACCAGUCCUGAACAGUGCAGCCAGGAGUCUGUAGUGUCUAAUGCAUCCCCCACACACACCCCUUCAGAGGAGUCUCAAGCUAAAAGACCAAGGAUACGCUUUUCAAACAUCCAGUGCCAAAAAUACACCAGUGUAGAAGAGUCAGAAACACCACUUGACACAACACAGAAAGUCCAUUUAUCUGAAGGAAAUAUUUCCUCUGAUUUCUCAUUCCCUCACACAAGUGACCCAGAGAAGUUUAUCUCUAUAAUACAUGCCCUAGAGUCCAAACUCCUUGCUACUGAAGAUAAGCUAAGAAAUCUCACACAAAACCUUGAUCGAUCAACCAAAGAUGAAGACAUGUCCAAAACUGACAUAGGACUACGUGAAAAUACUUUUUGCAUUGAAGGUGAAGGGAGCAUUGAGGGCAUUUCUAUAAAUAAACACUAUGCUAACGCUCUUGUGUGUAUUGAAAACUGCCGGCAGAAAGUGCGGGGCAUUCUCAGUGGCUUUCAUCAAACCACUGACUCUCAGCUGCAGUCACUUUCUCUAAUAGAGAGUGACUUGUUCAAUGCAUCACUUUGUAUCCAACAAGCACAACACACUGAGCAGUCUGCUGUGGUGGAGCCACACCACCCUCCGGAUGCUCUAGAUAAAGAUGCAAUGCUGCUUUUUGCCAAAACCCUGGCUUUUGAGGCUGCGGUUUUAAACAAGAUGGCAUUACUACUACAGACUUCUAAAGCUGACCUUUCACAAGCUCUGAGUAAAAUAUGGGGAGAUCUGGAGAACAUUAAAAACAGUGAUAAAGAUAGUUUGGCAAUAGUUUACGCUGAUAUGCUGACAAAAAAGCUAAUGCUAGAGAGUGCUUUUUGGAAGGACAUGGAGAGGGCUGAAUGCCAGUUUGAGUCUAUAGAGGACACAAAACAGGGCAGUGUUUCAGACAUGGAUACUGGUCCUAUUUUUAACACUUUUAUAAAAGCUGAACUUGCCUACUCUAUUCAAAACAUCAAAAUGUCUUAUGUUGAGAAAUUUAGAAUUCUUAAAAGGGAGUUAGCUGAAGCCUAUAAGAAUUUGCAUCAAAGGGAAAUGGCGUUGAAAACAAUUAUUGAAGCUUCUAAAAGUCCAGACUUGAAAAAUGUCAUCAAGGAAAUUAAAAAGAGCUUAGGCCUUAGCAAACACAAGCUGGCUGAUAUCCGCCCUCCAGAACUGGCCCCUUACAUGGAGCAGAUAGAGAUGGAGGAAGCAAGAAAUAUGGCAGAUGAGAUUAUUGAUAGAAACUUACCUGAAGAUAUCCUUGCAUGUGGAGUUGAGUCUAUCCAGUCACUAGAAAAUGCACACGAGAUUCUAGCCAGUGAAUUACAGAGACAGGCAGCUAUCCUUCAAAAAUAUGCUCAAGAAUUAGAAAGUGGAGACAACCAUCCAGAGCUGGCUAAAAUGAUCCAUGCACUUUUAGGAAGGCAGACCUCUCAUCAGCUGACCAGUACUUCCUUGUGUAUGCGUGAAGCCCUCAUUCAGAGUCAAGUGGCAUAUGUGGCGUGCAGGUUGCGGGCCAUGCAUGAACAAGACCUGAGCUGGUACAAGCAGGCCAGUCACAACAUGGAUGCUCUAGUCCAGCAACACGCACAAAACGUCAGCGCAAUCCAGCAGAAGUACGAGGCCUCCAUCGAAGAGCAUCAGCAGAACUUCUCGCAAAGAGUGGAGAGCCUUGAAAAUGAAAACCAAACACUCAAAAUUAAGAUUGGCAAACAAGUAAGGGAACUUUCUCAUCAGCAGGAGCAACUGGUAAUGUUAGAAGAACAUUUUCAGAAAGAGGCUGAGAAGCUGAGGAGGAGGCACAAGCAGGAGUUAGAGAGCAUGGAAGAAGAGCGAGUGUUUACGGUGGAGGAGCUAAUGGAGACUACAGCAGACAGUCGGAAGAAAUUAGAGGAACAGCACCAGAGCCAAGUCAAAAUGCUAGAGGAUCAGUUUGAGCUGAGGAUAUGUGAACUCCAGCAUCUGCACAGAGACGAGAUGAUGAAACUACAGCAACAGUGUUCAGAGGACAGUAGGUCUCCACAUGGCAUGGGUGAUCUGACAGGAGAGGGGCAGAGGAAGGGGGAGGACCACACCACAUCAGAGGUGGUCUCCAUGAUGGUUCUGAAGGAGCGCAUUCAAGAGCUGGAGAACCAGAUGGACAGCAUGAGGGAUGAACUGGAGAACAAGAGCCUGGAUGGAGACAUGGCCAGCCUCAGAGAGAAAUACCAGAGGGACUUUGAGAGUUUGAAGGCAACAUGUGAACGAGGCUUCGCUGCGAUGGAAGAAACUCACCAGAAAGUCAUCGAAGACAUCCAAAGGCAACAUCAGAGGGAGAUUUCCAAACUUAUGGAGGAGAGAGAGAGGCUGCUGGCCGAGGAGACUGCUGCCACUAUUGCUGCUAUUGAAGCUAUGAAGAAUGCACAUAAGGAGGAACUGGAGAAAACCCAGCGCUCUCAGCUUAGUGGACUGAACUCAGACAUUGAUGAACUUCGCAUUCAAUAUGAGGAGGAGCUGCAGUCCAUCCACAGGGAGCUGGAGGUGCUGUCAGAGCAGUACUCUCAGAAGUGUCUGGAAAACGCUCACUUGGCUCAGGCGCUGGAGGCCGAGAGGCAGGCCCUCAGGCAGUGUCAGCGAGAGAACCAGGAGCUCAAUGCCCACAACCAGGAACUGAAUAACAGACUGACUGUAGAGAUCACCCGUAUGCGCUCAUGUCUUAGUGGAGAAACUGCAAUGUCACCUGUUACCCAAGGCAAAGAUGUCUAUGAACUAGAGGUUUUACUCAGAAUCAAGGAGUCAGAGAUCCAGUAUCUAAAACAGGAGAUCCACUCCCUAAAAGAUGAGCUGCAGUCUGCUUUAAGGGACAAAAAAUACGCUACAGACAAGUAUAAGGACAUCUACACAGAGCUAAGUAUAGUAAAAGCAAAGGCAGACUGCGACAUUAGUAAACUGAAGGAGAAGUUACUGAUGGCGACAGAGGCUUUGGGAGAGAGGAGCGUGGAUGGAUCUGUCACAUCUGGAUAUGACAUUAUGAAAUCCAAAAGCAAUCCGGAUUUCAUGAAAAAAGAACAAUCAGCCACAGCUAAGCCAUCCAGAGGCUUAAGGUCUAAGUCUGUCACUGAACAGGUCUCAUGGGACAGCUGACAUCCUCCAAGCCCUGUCCUCUGUAGGUACAGCAUGAGUCUGAAAGAAGGACUGACAGUGCAGGAGCGCAUGAAGCUUUUUGAAGCAAAAGAUUCCAAAAAAAUCUGAGCAAAAUGUUGUCAAGAUUUUUGGUCUUCACUGGUUUUGGUCCGACUUGUGCCACACCCAGCCUCGGCUUCAGACUGCAUUGAGAUCACCUAAACCUGGACGUGCUGCUUUGUUGCCUCUGAUAAUUUUUAAAUAUUAUUAUUAUUAUUAUUAUUAUUAUUAUUAAUGAAUAAUAGUUUUAUUGAUCAAUCCUGUGUAAAGGUUAUUUUAAACCAAGGUUUAAGAUAGUCAGUGUCAUAUAAGCUGUGAGAGAAUUGCAUAGCAGCUUUUUAUUUAUCCUUUCAAAUGCCAAAAUAGACAGCAAUACCCAUUAUGAAUAAUAUAUAUUUCCCAAUAUGACUUAAUUACCUGCUGUAUUUUAUCAUUGUCACAGUUCCUAUGUACAAGACUUUACAUGUGUCUAAUGUUGCACCAGUUGUGUUGUACAUAACUACUGGGUAUAUGUAAGGUUCUCUAUCUAAUGGUUGGGCAUCUGCUGUAAUAAUGUGGUCUGAGUGAUACAAUGUGAUGCUUGCAUUGCUUUUGAGUGAGAGUUUAUAGGACGGUGUGUUUGUGUGAGGAUGAACAGGAGUGGGAUUGCACUUAUCACUUGACUACUUGAGGAAACGUUUCUGUCAAAUUGUGGAUGUAGUGGUAUUUGGUUUAUUGCAGUGCAACCAAACAUCCUGGCUCCUGUAAAAGGAAUAGAACAACAUGAACUGUUAGUGGUACUGGAUUUUCUCAGUGUUUCUUUCUGACAUGAAAUUGUGUUUGUUAGUUUUUGGCUUUGAUGUGAUUCAAACACCUCAAAGUGCAUAAAUAGGACUUGCAUGAGUUGUACAGUAUAACUUUAAUUGCAGACUGAUCAUGUUGCCUCUUCACCCUCCUUUGUGCUCCAGAGUGGUCCUCUUAACACUAAUAAGCUUUGCUUUGCAACUUCUACUGUUUUGGUGUAAUGAUUUACUGUAAGCGUCAGUCUUGAAGCACUUGGCCCAAUCCCUGACCUCUCACUGACAUCUAACUGUGCCUCAACUGAGUGAAGAUGUAAACAUCCAUGAAACCUGUGCAGCUAUGGAUACUGUGGAGUAUUCAAACCACGCCUUGUAAAUAAGAUAUGCCACACACAGAGGGCAUCUGUGUCUGUUUUAAACUUGUAACUUGCUCAAUAGCUUGAUAUGAAAUAUAUAUGAAUAUUUUUUAUUUUCAUGUGAAUGUAUAAUGUUAAAUAAAUGAAGUGUUUUGAAAAACUGGAGCAGACA